UCGCGCGCUCAGGAAAAACACCUGAAGUUCAUCAAAAACCGACCCAAUUUAUCAGCUAUCCGCGCGCAGUGUUUUUCCUCGCUGUUUACAGGUGUGUGUGUCCAUGUGAAUGGCACUGUUUAUGUUAAAACAAAAUAACUGUUCAAGCCUUGCUCCAGGUGGUGGAUAUAGUGAGCUGAACUACACCUCGUUGAUUAUUUUAACAGGAAAAGGAAUAUUAAGCGCCCCUUUGUAAACAAACAUUUACGAUUGGGGUCGAGCUGACUGGUUUAGGUGAGGAAAAGGUACAGAAAGAUUCUCUUCUCACGCCGUUUCACCAGAACAGCGUUCAUGCUGACUGAAAUGACAAGCUGUUUUAUCGAAAAUGACUCUGUAGCUUCAAUCAGUCUGUCUGAAUUAUCCAGCUCAUCAUCUGUGUCUGACAGAGCAUGUGUUCACUGGGGUUGUGUGCUCAGUGGUUCUGAGACCACAGCUGUCUUUCAAGCAGAAAAUGACCUUCUGGAAAACCAGUUUUUCAUCAAAACGAUAUGUCUUAGUGAGGAGGCAGGAGACGAGAUGCAUAUAGUGGCCGUCUGUGAUGGUGUCGGAGCUUCCAAACCGCUGCCCAUUGCCACCCUCCGCCACUGUAUGCCAAUGAUCAGUUUUCCUGGUUUGGAGCUUAUUCCCCCCGUCACCUUUAAACUGUGCUCGGGGUUGGGCAAAACUCCCUUUUUUAGCUCCUUGUUCCUAAUUCACAAGUGUGAAAAUGCAGGGUGCUGGCUGGAAAUUUGAAUUGCAAUGACUGGAGGAUUUAUGAACUACAUUUCAGAAAUUUCAACAUGGUUACACAGCCAAGGAGCUUCAAUAGUCCAACACAAGCAUUUUCUUUCUUUUUUUUCCCCAGUUGAUUGUAUACAUUUCUUUAAUUCUAUGAAAACAAAUAAAACCGGCACCAAUAUUGAUUUUCAGUUUGCUAUAUACACUGCAAAAUAUCCACCUCAACACUGU